AUGCCGCGUAGUGUUCGAUGGGACGGUGUGUGCAAGUACCUCGCAGAUUUUGCACCGGGAAUUCCCAAGUGGACGCUUGAAGAUAUGCCAGACCUUACAGGCAAAAUUUCCAUCGUCACGGGCGGAAAUGCUGGGAUUGGAUACGAGAUUGUCAAGGCUCUGUUGCGCGAUGAAGUGAAGGACGCAGACGUCCACGUGCUUGAGAUUAACCUCGCUGACAUGUCAAGCGUGCAAAGGGCGGCAUCAGCUUUCCAAAGCAACGAGGGCCAGCUGCAUAUCCUCAUCAACAACGCUGGAGUAAUGUCUCCACCAGUCGACCAGGUAACCGCGCAAGGCUACGACCUUCAAUUCGGAACCAACGUCUUGGGUCACUACUAUUUCACGCAUCUUCUCCUCCCAACCCUCAAAUCCACCUCCUCUUCUCUUUCUGCCGCUGACCCCAUCGGCGUGCGGGUCGUUGAAUUGGCUUCGGACGCUCAUUUCCUCAGUGCGUUCACCGGUGGAGAGGUAAUAAAGCUUGAGACUCUCAAAGACGGGGACGCCAGGAGAGCCGUCGGAACCACGCAAUUGUAUAUGCAGAGCAAGUCUGGAAAUAUCCUAGUCGCAGCUGCACGUGCUAGGAGGAUGACGGAGUUAGGUAUCAACAUCUUUACAGCAAGCGUCAAUCCAGGACGCAUCGAGUCAAAUCUUCAACGCCAUGCACCUGCCAUUGCCCAAAUGCUAACCAAGCCAAUGCUCCACCCCACAAAGAUGGGCGCUUUGACUCCUUUAUACGCAGCCACGUCCACCGAGGCGCUCGAGUACAAUGGAAAGUACUUUGGCAUUAUACGCAGCUCUAACCCGUCCUCGCAAACGAUGAACGAGGAAGCGCGUAUUACCCCUUCGAAUCUGAACAAACCAACGACAUCCAAGUUCAAAUACAAGGCGGAUGAUCUUGGUUUCCUCGAACUCGCGUCAGGAACUAAUCCUAUCGUCGACAUUAUCGCCAUCCAUGGCUUGGAUGGCCAUAGAGAGAGGACAUGGACGGCGGGAAAUGGCGUCUUAUGGCUUCGAGAUCUCCUCAGCAUCGACAUACCCAACGCACGAAUACUCGUGUAUGGCUACGACGCCGACACUCGAAGCCGAGAGUGUGUCUCGACGCAGACAAUAUACCAACACGCCGACAAGUUUCUCAAAUCCCUCUCGAGACAACGCAUUGAUCAUCCACGAAGACCAAUCAUUUUCAUUGCGCAUAGCUUGGGAGGCAUUGUGCUCAAACAGGCACUCGGCCUUUGUCAUAGCGAGAGUGUGGGCUCAAAAAAUGACUUUCGGGACAUCCUGGUGUCAACUCACGCUGUUCUCUUCUUCGGAACACCACACUACGGCGUCAACGGCGUUGAGCUUUUGCACACCAUGAACAGGCUACUGUCGGUGUACUUGAAGACGACAAAGGUUAUCGUCCAGAAUCUCAAGAAGAACUCGCCAGCAUUAGAAAACAUCCAGAGGUCGUACACGUCGGCUAGCAAAGAGAUUGAAAACGUUCUAUUUUACGAAGUGUAUCCAACCCCGAUCAUUGGUGGUAAAAGAAAAAUGAUUGUGCCGUAUAACUCUGCCACCGUCGCUGGGGAUUGUCAGGCAACUGAAGAAGGACUGGACGCUGACCAUUGUGAAAUGGUCAAGUUUCGCGACUCAGGCCACGUGAAUUAUGCAACUGUUCUUUCCUACCUCAAGCAGCACGUUGAAGGAGCCACCGCUGGGGUGACAAAGAAGUGGUGUACCGAGGACGCAUAUCGAGAUCUGGCGAAUAGAGAAGAUCUAUCGCCGAAUGAGGUUGUCCUACCAAAGCCUCGUUUGACUGUGUCAAGACACUACAUCGAUAGGCCACGGAUUCAUUUCCUUAUCACACGACAUCUCCUCCCAAGUAGUCCUGUGCGACGACAACCCCGGUGUAUCUUACACGGGAUUGGAGGUGCCGGUAAAACUCAGCUCGCUACAAAGUGGAUUCGUGACAACGAAAACAGAUUCACUCGUGUGAUUUUCGUCGACGCAUCCAACCAGACUCGAUUGGAGAAAGAUUUGGAACUUUCGGUUCGAGUUUUAGGCCCAGAAUACAGCGAGAUGACCUGGAAUGAUGCGGUUGCAUACCUGGAUAAGACGGCAAAAGGCUGGUUGCUGUUCUUCGACAAUGCCGAUUCUCCAGAUCUCGACCUUCGCCCAUACCUCCCUGUUUCCACUCAUGGAGCAGUUUUGAUCACCACUCGAAAUGGUGAAUGCGUUGACUACGCUCCAGAUGGCGCAGUUCUUGUCGGUGAUCUGGAGGAGAACGAGGCGAUCGAGCUCCUUCAUAGAGUGGCUAACGUCACACCUCAAAAUGACGCCGAGUCCGUCAAGAUUGUCAGAGAGUUGGGGAUGCUAGCGCUCGCCAUCACUCAGGCAGGGGCAUAUAUUCGCAAGACACGGCGCCUCGAUACGUACCUCGACACGUUUCGUAAACAUCGAGAUCGCCUUAUGCGCAAGAAGCCGGGUCUCGGCAGCGAAUAUACCUCGUCGACAUACACUGCAUUCGACCUGUCCUUCGACUGCCUUCCCACACAGGCACAAGAGCUCCUAAAACUCUGCGCGUUUCUUCAUCACUCUGCCAUUCCAAUCUUUCUAUUUGAAGAAUCAACAAAGAAUGGUUUCACUACAUACCCCGUUCUGAAUGGCUGCCCCCCUCCGGAGAGUGACAAGGCCUUGAUGUCAAACCUUGAAGAAAUCCUGGGCUCUGCGUGGGACGCGCUUGAAUUCCAGGAGAUCGUUGAAUCGGCGUAUCGUGCGUCGUUCAUCGACGUUUCGAAUGACGGUUUAGUCUACGGCGUACACCCCCUCCUUCAGGUGUAUAUCAAGGACCGUCUCAACGCAGAUGAGAACCGGUUCUACUCACAAAUGACAGCAAAACUGCUCCUUGGAGCCAUUCGGCCAGCCAAAGGUAGCAAUGCGCAUCUUUGGCCGUUGCUUCCCCAUGCUGCCAUUAUACAUUUGUCCAUGAAAUUGGAGCAUGUGGCUUACGCGUUGGCAUUUUACACACUUUACGAGUCCUUAGGUGAUUGGAACGCGUGUCGAGAACUGCUGGCGGCUAUUCUUUCCCAGCUUCGGCAGGACAAUGGAGAAAGACAUGGAAAUUCCCUCUGGGUUAUGUCCGCGCUUGCCAUUGCAUUAAACAGGUGCGGUCGGUUGGACGAGGCGGAGAAGAUUAAACGAGAGGUGCUCGCCCUGGAGUUGGAGAUCCUUGGCAGGCGCCAUCCAGACACAAUUUCGGCAAUGGGUAACCUUGCGAGUACACUGUCUGACCGUGGUCAGUGGGUCGAGGCGGAAAGGAUUCAACGAGAGGUGCUCGCCCUACGGUUGGAGAUCCUUGGAGGACGCCAUCCACACACAAUUUGGGCAAUGGGUAACCUUGCAAGCACACUGUCCGACCGCGGUCAGUACGUCGAGGCGGAAAAGAUUAAGCGAGAGGUGCUCGCCCUACGGUUGGAGAUCCUUGGGGGACGCCAUCCACACACAAUUUCCGCAAUGAAUAACCUUGCGAGUACACUGUCUGGCCGUGGUCAGUGGGUCGAGGCGGAAAGGAUUCAACGAGAGGUGCUCGCCCUACGGUUGGAGAUCCUUGGAGGACGCCAUCCACACACAAUUUCGGCAAUGAAUAACCUUGCGAGUACACUGUCUGACCGUGGUCAGUGGGUCGAGGCGGAAAGGAUUCAACGAGAGGUGCUCGCCCUACGGUUGGAGAUCCUUGGAGGACGCCAUCCACACACAAUUUGGGCAAUGGGUAACCUUGCACACACGCUGGCUGACCGCGGUCAGUGGGUCGAGGCGGAAAAGAUUAAGCGAGAGGUGCUCGCCCUACGGUUGGAGAUCCUUGGGGGACGCCAUCCACACACAAUUUCCGCAAUGAAUAACCUUGCGAGUACACUGUAUGACCGUGAGGUGCUCGCCCUACGGUUGGAGAUCCUUGGAGGACGCCAUCCACACACAAUUUCCGCAAUGAAUAACCUUGCGAGUACACUGUCUGACCGUGGUCAGUGGGUCGAGGCGGAAAGGAUUCAACGAGAGGUGCUCGCCUUAUGGUUGGAGAUCCUUGGAGGACGCCAUCCACACACAAUUUGGGCAAUGGGUAACCUUGCAAGCACACUGUCCGACCGCGGUCAGUACGUCGAGGCGGAAAAGAUGGGACGAGAGGUGCUCGCCCUACGGUUGGAGAUCCUUGGACAACGCCAUCCACAUACCAUCCGGGCAAUGAAGGACGUCGCAAAUAUCUUACAUGAUUGUUGUCAAUUUGAAGCAGCGGAAAAUCUCCAACGUGAGGCGCUCAAUCUGCGGCUUGAGAUCCUUGGAGGGCGGCAUCCUGACACUAUAUCAGCUAUGAGCAACCUCGCCGCUACUUCAUACCGUCGUGGUCUACUGGAGGAUGCCGAGAAACUGCAACGAAAGGCAGUUGCCCUCCGGCUCGAGAUAUUGGGCCGAGAGCAUCCUCGCUCCCUUGAUGCCUGCUAUAACCUAGCUCUCAUGUUAUACGAGGGCAAUCAGCUCGACGAGGCGACCAAGCUUCUACAGGAGACCAUGGCACUACGCGUCGUGAUGUUUGGUGCUGACCACACUCACACUCGCCGUCCACAACAACUUCUCAAUGACCUCGUGUCUGGACAGCCUCCUGGUCUUCAAACUCAUACAUUUUUGCUUUCGUAA